AUGUGGUUUUGGGUGCUUCAUGAUCUGGGUUUGCCUGCCCUGCAGGGAGGAGGGUGCUACAAGACAGUGGAGGGAGUCGGUGCAGAGGCCCAGAGCACCGUGGUGCUGCAUGGAGGGUACCUGGGUAUCACUGGCCUGCUGGCAGCAGCAGCUUCGCUGGGAGGGUUCAGUGUGGAAAGCGAGAACCCCACAGCUACCUACGGGGGAAGCUGCCUCUCCUGUGCAACACCGAGCCCUCAGGAUUGCAGGAGAGCUCCUGGGCUGGCUUGGGAGGGGAGCAGUGCUAGGAGAACCUGGGCUUUCUGGGCCCUGCUGGUGGCUGGAGCGAUGGCCAACAUGGGCGAUGAGGACCUGUUGGCCUAUUUUCGCAUGCAGUACAAGCAGAACUGCCUGCCCUUGCUCAGAAAACUCAGACUGACAGAGGACGACACCCCGUCUCCAUUUCUUCGCUUCCAGGCAAAGAAGAAACAAGUUGAACAGAUGCAAAAGGGUCUGGAGGUGAAGGAAGAGGACUUCAGGGAGCGGAUGAAAGUCAUAACCUGCCGGUGGAGGGACCUCCAUGCUAAGGAGGCGCAGCUGAAAACCCACAUGGAGGAAUCUGGGAAGACUUUAAAGGAAAAUGAUAAGAUGCGAAUGCAAGCUCUGAAGAAAGCCAUCAGAGAGAGAGAGAAUAAGAUGCAAAAGGAGAGUGAGCUUUUGAGAGCUAAGGGGAAACUGGAGGCCCUGAGAAAUAAGCACCAGAAACUCUGCAACAGAGUGCAGAAGUACUCGAUCUUCAACAAAUACCUGGAGGAUGUAGUGAAGAUCUCACAGUUUGAGGAGAUCCGGGAAGUCAUUUCGCGCUACAAGACGCUGGUGAGGAUGCACAAGGACCUGCUGCAGUCACAACAGAGGCACAAGGAAAUGUCUGAGCAAGCCAAGGUGCUCCUGGACCAGUACAUGGAAGAGAAAGAAGCUGAGAUCCUGCAGUACAAAAAUGAGCUGGUGCAGCUCCAACUAUGUUUUGACCAGGCUCAAAGUGACAUCCUCUCCUGGGAGACUCGCUGGGCUGACAUCCAGAACACGACUGCCAAGAAGACGCAGGAGCUGGGCACCAUCAAGCUGGCCAUCCUCAACCUCUUCCAGUGUGUGAGCACGCAGCUGAAAGCAAACCUGAACGUGCCGAUGGAUGACAGCCACAGACAGCUGACCAUGAUUCAGCAGUUUAUCCGAGACCUCACAGACAUCUCAAUGGAGGUGAAACGGAAGGACAUGCAGAACCACCACCGAGCAUCUAUACUUCCAGAGCUAUAA